AUGGAAGAAGGGUACGACAAUUGUCUAAUCAAGUACGCCGAGUAUAAUUUCUUUGGGGAGAUAGACAACGUCAAUAAGUUCUACCUGUCGAACACUGAACCCGUGUGUAACCCCAGGGUAUUCAUCCCGACAAGGAACCAGCUGUUGAGGCAACUGGCGACAAAGGCCGCCGGGCAGAAUAGCUUUUACGCGGCCGGAGAUGCGAACGUCGGGCCGGCGGGAUCAUCGACGAUGAAGGUGUACGGCUUGGUUCAGUGCACCAGGGAUCUCUCCGGCAAGAAUUGUAGGAACUGCCUCUACGGCGCCAUUGCGGAGCUCCCAGUGUUGUGGUUCCCAACAGGGAGGGAGAGUUGUGGGAGGGAGUUGCAGCGUCAGAUAUGA